AGUUUACGGUGUCCACUUAUCGACCGUUCCGUGGCACCACCCUGCCCCAUCCAUAGCAAGGAUGUCCGAUGCACUUUCAUCAUCGUCGUCGUCGUCGUCGAGCCGGGCUGGUCACAUGAUACGCUGGGCAUCACUAACGCACAUGAGCGCGCAUAUCUAUAUGUCCAUAAUGUUCGCGGUGCUCGGUCUCCUCUCACUGAUUCUCUUCAUAGUCACCCAUUCCGGUCUCUGGUUGGUGCUCUUGGCGGGCUGUGCUACACUCGCUGUGGUGGUCUUCUUGACGAGGCCGACCUACUCUCGAGCCGCUCGUUUAGCAAUCGCCAGAGGUGACAGGAAGAAGAAGGUCAGCAAGAAAGUCACCAUUGAUAUUGAUAGGGUUGCGCCUGUGACGUGCACUCCCUGUGGUGGCUCAUGCUCGAUCUGCUUAGGCGACUUCAAUUUUGAGCGCAAGCUCUCCUCAGCGUCUACUUCGUCCAUUUUGAACUUGCCUGCGAGUGACCUGAGCAUCUCGUCGACUAGCACUAUCAGUUCGUUGGAGACUGUCGUGAGCAGUUUUGACGCAUGCGAGGAGUCUGCCAAGUGUGAGGAGCCUCAGUGCAGAACUUUGCCUUGCGGCCACUCGUAUCACGACAAAUGCCUUGUGGAGUGGAUCAAGCACGAGGGAGAUGACUUCUCGUGUCCACUUUGCCGAUGGAAGCCCGUGGGGGUCGAGGGCAGCACUGAUGCAAUCUGCGCGGCGGUGUAAAAUGGCGGCGCAUGGUCCAUUUAUCAUGCCUAUGGGAAUGGAUACUACUACUAUUAUAAUCAAUCUACGCGGCAUACUUGAAGUCAUUCUAUUCAAGUUGGUAACACUGUGAUGACGUGUUCGCUGCUGGCCACACAGUCUUCUUUGUUGACGAGUACGGCGUAUUGCUGUGU